GGCUUGAUGCUUGGGUCCUUAAAGUCUCUGGACAAGCCAGGGUUGUUGCUCUACCCCCUGUACAGGGCCAGUUCCCAUCCCCCCAGCAGCAUGGCAUCCUGUGCUGAGCCCUCUGCCAUGGGCCCUGAGCCCGCGGCCCCACCACUUGCUGGGAUCCCACCGCUUGAGGACUUCGAAGUGCUGGAUGGGGUGGAAGAUGCAGAGGGCGAGGAGGAAGAGGAGGAGAACCUGAGCGAGGUGCGACCACUAGAGGACAUAGGACAACCCCCACUGGAGGAAACCGAACAGCCAGGGGCUCUGGCCCGAGAGUUCCUGGCUGCCAUGGAGCCUGAGCCCGAGCCUGUUCCUGUCCCGGACGAGUGGCUGGAUAUCCUGGGGAAUGGGCUGUUGAGGAAGAAGACGCUGGUCCCAGGCCCACCUGGCUCAAGCCGUCCAGCCAAGGGCCAGGUGGUCACAGUGCAACUGCAGACGUCACUGGAGAAUGGCACACGAGUGCAGGAGGAACCAGAACUGGUGUUCACCCUGGGUGACUGUGAUGUCAUCCAGGCCCUGGAUCUCAGCGUCCCACUCAUGGAUGUGGGGGAGACGGCCAUGGUCACUGCUGAUUCCAAGUACUGCUAUGGCCCCCAGGGCAGCAGGAGCCCAUACAUCCCCCCUCAUGCAGCCCUGUGCCUGGAGGUAACCCUGAAGACAGCUGUUGAUGGACCUGACCUGGAGAUGCUCACAGGACAGGAACGUGUGGCACUGGCCAACCGGAAGCGGGAGUGCGGCAAUGCUCACUACCAGCGGGCUGACUUCGUGUUGGCUGCCAACUCCUAUGACCUUGCCAUCAAGGCCAUCACCUCCAGCGCCAAAGGUGCUGGCCCAGCAAGGGGAGUACAGCGAGGCCAUCCCUAUCCUGAGGGCGGCCCUGAAGCUGGAACCGUCCAACAAGACGAUCCACGCGGAGCUCUCGAAGCUAGUGAAAAAGCACGCGGCCCAGCGGAGCACGGAGACUGCCCUGUACCGGAAAAUGCUAGGCAACCCUACCCGGCUGCCUGCCAAGUGUCCUGGCAAGGGUGCCUGGUCCAUCCCAUGGAAGUGGCUGUUUGGAGCAACUGCUGUUGCCCUGGGGGGCGUGGCUCUCUCUGUGGUCAUCGCUGCCAGGAACUGACUGCCCAGGUGGCCGCUACCCCUUCUAAGCACCGUGGACCCCACCCCAAGCUCCCUAAUCUCCCAAGCUCCUCCCUGUCCACUACCCUUUCUGACCCAGUCUCCUUCUCUGGGGCAGGGACAGUGAGGUUUGAGGGUCCUGUGGCCCAAUGAGCAGGAGGGACUGAGGCCCUAUAGGAGAAAAAUGAAGCAGGCCCCAGGCCCCAUGUCCAGCUGGGAAGGGGGGGGCCCUUAUUCCUCCAGACCCAAUUCCUACCCCCUACUCCCCUUGGGUUAGGUCUCAACUGGGGCCUGCCUCUGUUUCUCCUUUCCAAGGCCUGAGGGCAGCCCUUCCCUCAUCCAGUCCCUGUCCAAUUGUCAGCCCCUCCUACCUAGCUGCCCUCUGUCCAGACUCCCUCCCCACUACCCCCAAGUGAAAUAAAGCCUCCCAUCCCGCGUU